GAUAUGGACCAACAGGAGCUGGAGCUCCUCCACAUAAAGGAGGAAAGUGAAAGAAUCUGGGCCAGCCAGGAUGGAGAGCAACUGAAUGUGAAGGAGGAGACUGAUGAUACCAGGUUUCCAGUAACUGUUGUUCAUAUGACGAGUGAAGAGGAUGAAGAGAAACCUCUGUUCUCUCAGCUUCAUCAACACCAGACAGACGACAGAGAUCUUCCAAGCAGCAGCUCAACUGACCAGAUAAAAGCAGAAAUUAAAGUAGAGGACUGUGGAACAUCAGAAACCAGCAUAAACCCAGAUCUAAAUACUCAUGGAGGCUUUUCCAACUAUUCACUGACUAAAGACAGUGAAGAUGAUGAAGAGGAUGUGAAGCAUCAUGAAUCUGAGCUUAAACACUUAUCAGACUCUGAAACUGAAGACAGUGAGGAGGAUUGGAAGGAGAGCAGGACUCCAGGGUCAGGCAGAAACACUGUCAACAAAUCUUUGAGCUGCUCUGAGUGUGGGGGAAAAUUUGCUAACAGACGCUCUCUUCAGAGUCACAUGACAUGUCAUCCAAGAUUAACGUCUUCAGAUUGUUCCGCUAUAACUGGUAUGAGAGCAAGAAGCAGAGAAAUGGUGUGUUAGAAAGCUUGAGGCUGAGCAGAUAAGGAGGGCACCAUGGCUUGGGAGCCAGAGGCGGCAGAGACAUAACAUUAGGACGGGAGGGGCAGAGGAGAGCCAGCUCAUGGGAACUGGGCAUGGAUGGAAGGUCAACGAGCAAGAUCAAGUCAUAACAAGCAUGGGAGCGAGAAACGAGAAGCCAGGUUCAUGCUGUUUUCAUCAGUCUGAAGUUCGAAAAACAGGCAAAAGUCAUCGGACCAGGAUGGGAGCGGGAGUCAUGAUGGUCAAAAAACAUGCAAAAGUCAUAACACAGGGAGCCAGCUGGGGGAUGUUUACGACUCUGUCUACGGAGGCCAGGAGACGGCACCGAAAAGUCACGGCGACCAUGUAACUCAAUGAUGGGAUAGCCUGCCCGGCAGCAGGGGAUGAGCAGUGAGGCUAUCUGCACUAUAAAAACUCUGCCAAAGAAAGAAACGGGGUCGUUUCCUUGCAGAAGACCAGCGAACAAGAUGGGACAAAGAAAGAAGCUACAGAUGAAUCAGAAGACCGGAGACGCAGCCCCGCUGACAAUUCUGCAUUAUAGAGAGGAUCAACCCGUGUGCCCUGAGAAGAGUUGCAACUCAGAAUUGAGAAUCUGAAUUUCAUCUGUUGCAUUUUUACCAAGACAACUGAAGUGAACUUGGUCAGUGAACAACUGAUUGCUCUAAGUUUCAGGCUUCUGGAAAUCCUGAACCAACCUCAAUUACACCUCAAAGGUUUCCUUCAACUAUUCAGGCUCUGGAAGCUACUGACAUUUGAAACAUAUGCCAACAAAGUUUUCGUUUUUUAAAUUGAAAUUUUUUUUUUUCAACUUUGCCAUUGAAACCCCGAGCAUCAGUGCCUGUCCACUUAGAGGAAGAAAACUGAAGAUUUGCCUCUCAUCCAAGAAAACAAUCACUUGUGGCCUACUGAAGAAAUCACUCCAGUCGGAUCCAUGGUGAG